CGCCGGGUCCGGAGCCGGAGAGCGUUUGAGGGGCCAGCCAGGAAGGGAGUUUCUUUUCCUUCCCAAUUGCCCGCUCUCGGGUGGCGCCGGCUCUGCCUUCCGUCUCCCCACUGCCGUGCGCCCCCGGCCCGGCUCCAGGUGUCAGCUUUUCCUGGCCCCCUCGGGGAGUUGGGACCUGGAGGUUCGGAGGUAUUGGCCGCUGCCCGGCGCCCGAGUGAGGGGCGCACACAUCUUGGGCCCUGCCAACUCCGCCACCGGCCCGCACCUCCAUGGGUCCAAGCCAGAAGCCCAACGUGUGCCGCAGGCUGAGUCGCCGGGCGCUGGGCUUCUUCUCUCGGGACGCGGGCGUGGUGCAGAGGACGAACCUGGGUAUCCUGCGGGCGCUGGUGUGCCAGGAAAGUACUAAGUUUAAGAAUGUUUGGACAACUCAUUCCAAGUCACCUAUAGCCUAUGAGAGAGGAAGAAUAUAUUUUGACAACUAUCGGUGCUGUGUCAGCAGUGUUGCAUCAGAGCCAAGAAAACUUUAUGAAAUGCCAAAAUGUUCCAAAUCAGAAAAAAUAGAGGAUGCUUUAUUAUGGGAAUGCCCAGUGGGAGAAAUGCUUCCCAAUACAUCAGAUUAUAAAUCCUCACUCAUAGCACUGACUGCUCAUAAUUGGCUACUUCGUAUAUCAGCAACUACAGGAAAAGUCCUUGAGAAAAUAUAUCUUGCUUCAUAUUGCAAAUUCAGAUACUUGAGCUGGGACACUCCUCAAGAAGUCAUUGCAGUCAAGUCAGCUCAGAACAAAGGCUCAGCAUUGGCCCAGCAGGCAGGCAUUCAACAGCCUGUUUUGCUGUACCUUGCAGUGUUCCAUGUGCUACCUUUUUCACUCAUAGGGAUUCUGGAGAUCAACAAAAAGAUUUUCGGGAGCGUAACAGAUGCCACCUUGUCUCAUGGAAUACUGAUUGUGAUGUACAGCUCGGGACUGGUCAGACUUUAUAGCUUCCAAGCCAUCACUGAACAGUUCAUGCAACAGAAACUUGACUUAGGGUGUGCAUGCAGAUGGGGUGGGACUACUGGAACUGUAGGAGAGGCUCCUUUUGGCAUUCCUUGUAAUAUUAAAAUCACAGAUACACCACCACUGCUCUUUGAGGUGUCCUCCCUGGAGAAUGCUUUUCAGAUUGGAGGCCAUCCUUGGCACUACAUCAUCACACCUAAUAAGAAGAAACAAAAAGGAGUUUUCCAUAUUUGUGCCCUAAAGGACAAUUCCUUGGCAAAAAACGGGGUCCAAGAAAUGGAGUGUUGUUCUCUAGAAUCUGACUGGAUCUAUUUCCAUCCUGAUGCUUCUGGUAGAAUAAUACAUGUUGGCCCAAAUCAGGUCAAAGUUUUAAAGCUAAGUGAAGUAGAAAAUAAUAGUGCCCAGCAUCAGAUCUCUGAAGAUUUUGUCAUUUUGGCCAACAGGGAGAAGAACAAAAAUGAAAACUUACCCACUGUUACAGCUUCUGGACGGGUGGUAAAAAAAAGCUUUAACCUUCUGGAUGAUGACCCAGAACAAGAGACUUUCAAAAUUGUGGACUAUGAAGAUGAGUUAGAUUUGCUUUCUGUGGUAGCUGUUACUCAAAUAGAUGCUGAAGGAAAAGCUCACCUGGAUUUCCACUGUAAUGAAUAUGGAACUUUACUUAAAAGCAUUCCACUCGUGGAGUCAUGGGAUGUGACAUAUAGCCACGAAGUUUACUUUGACAGAGACUUGGUACUACACAUAGAACAGAAACCCAGCAGGGUCUUCAGCUGCUAUGUUUACCAGAUGGCUCAUGUAAAAGAUUUCAAGCAAACUGUAAGUGAAAUUUUUUUUCUCAUAUGUAGGCUGUUUAGCUGUUAAUACAUCUAAGAAUGUUGUAUUCAUUUCACUCUUCUAUUUAUUUGGUGAGUCUUCCAAUUCUGCUUAGGCAAUAUUUUCAUACCUAGGCAAUAAGAUAAAGGUAUCCUGGGUUGUACCAGCUCUGCUCCCUGUAGAAGAGUAGAUAAAGUCCCAGGAGUUCUUACUAGCUUGGAAACUGACUGGUAGCUAGAAAAAGGUUUUGGCUCUAUCUUAGCUGUGAGAUGAGUAUUUUUUCUUCUUUAUUAGAACUGAUCAAAAUAUGAUCCUUGAACUCAGAUAAUCAUUCUUCAGAAUGUUAAAAGCAAUCCAAGUAAAGGGAGGAAAAUGUUUCUUUGUGGUUCCUGUUUAAAAAAUCCAGUUGCUUGCAAUCCACAUGUUUAGCACAUUUCUCUGAUUCAGGCUCAAAAGAAUAACUAGUAAAAAUAGAAGGGGAGGAGACAGCAGUAAAAAUUGUUGCUGAUUCAAAUUUAAAAUUAAAAUAUGGGAUUUUAGCUUGUAUGAUUUACAUCAAAAUCCUCCAGUUUUUCCUUCAGUUUUAGCCUGAUCCCAUGUUAAGAACAAUGUGAAUUCUGCCCUGUUCUGCCCUUGAAGUUUGCAGAUAAAUUUCAAGCUAAUUAUGAUCAACAGGGCUGGUGAGAGAAAGGUGUUAGCUAUUCCAAAAGUCUAGAAAUUAGUAGCAGAGUCCGUAAAUUAUAAAAAAAUAAAGGGAACAAACCUAAAACUGUCUUUUGUGCAAUAGAAAAGAAGAUUGCUAACAUUUUAGAAUAAGGGAAAGUAUUUAUAUGUUGGCUAAAAAUAAAUCUUUCUGAAUCUGCACUUAUGUAUAAUAACCACUUGGGAAAGUAAAAGUGAUUACCUCAUGAGCAAGAUGAUAAAACUAUCUUCAUAUAUUAAAUUCUAAUACUUUUAUAUCUACUAGUUGAAAAAUCAUUCUCGUUUUAUGCAUAUUUAAUAGUACUAUUUAAUAAAAAUAUUUGAAGUCAGAGUAGUUUGGAGACAUGAUUGUGAUUACAAAGCACAGUUAUGAAUAGCUGAAUAGUUAUGAUGUGCUAGAUAUUGCCCCAAACUUCCAACUACACAUGAGCUAUAUCUAAAUAGUCCUGCCCAGUGAAUUUAUAUCUUGAAACAAGUUCGAUAAGAGGAAAUAAAUAUCAGAGAAAAGAAAAGAAACCAGUAUGGUGGGUUUCAAAGCACAUGCAGUGCUAUGUAAAGGCAGAAAGCCUGCUCUCCCUUUCCAAAAGUGUUUCAGAAAAGGAUGUCUUAAUACUUCAAUCCUGUCAGAUUUUUUUAAAAAGCAGGUUUGUUGAGUUUACCUUUCUCUAAGUCAUUGCCUUCUUUUGAUGAAGGAACUCAUCUGUUCAGAAAGGCAUCUGAGAACUAUCUGAGAUUCUUGGCUGCUUUUUUGGUGGGGGCAGGGUUGGGUGGAAUACUUCCAGUCAAGACAGGAACUGACCACUAAGAAACGCCUAUUGUCUCACUGCUGCCCAAAUCAAACUAGACCUGGAUCCACAUGCCAUAUGGGUCAAGCAGGAAAUGCACCUAGUGUGAAAAACAAUAGGGAGUUGUGGACAUUGUAACAAAUAGGAGAGCUAUGCCCCAACUAAAGGGACAAGCUGCUACUGCUUGGUUAAUUAAGCUGCUACUGCUUAGUUUCAGCCAGUUGUAACACCAUGUGGGAAUGUGGACUGCAUGAUUGUAAACAGGAAGGUUAAUAAAAAGGGUGCCGAAAGAUAAAGAAGAUAGCAAAGAAUGUGGGAAAUGCACAGGUAACAGACAUAGCAGGAAACAAUAGAGCAUGCUUCCCCCCAAAUUAUUGGCUUCCCAGCUCCCCACAGUGGCAUGCAGCUGCUCAUUCUGCCGCCUGCCAGACAUGAGAUUGCUGUUCUCCUGAGGGUAGAGGGAAGUGGUAAAUAUCCUCCUGCCCCUCCUUAACCCCCCUCUCUACCUGACUAUUUUAGAGGCUUUAACUAUGUGCCAGCCUACUUAACAGGUGCUAGUGACAGGCAUAAAACAUUAUGGGUGACAUUUCUGAAUGUUUAAUGCAAGAUUGGGUGAAACAGGGUAGCUUCUUUUAGCAGGUCCAGAUAUUAAGCUGAUGAGAGGUAUAUUUCUGCAUUUCUCUCUUUGAUCUAAGAGUCUGAAUUCUCACAGUAUCAGUGAAGCAAAAUUAUUCUUUGACUUUCUAAAACAUUUCUCGCAACUCAGAAAACAAAACAAAUCCUAUCGUAGUUGCUAUUUGAACUACCUUGUGAGGAGAUGAUACUGUUCUAUUUAUACAAACUAAGGUUUUGUUCCACAUUUUUCCAUCAAUUGAAUGUUUUGUUUCUUGUACAUACUUUUUUCUUAAUGAUAACACGUUUGUUUAUUGAGUGCUUUCUAUCUGCCAAUCACUGUGAUACAUGUAAAAUGAAUUGUCUCACUUAACAUUCAAAAUAACCAUAUGAGGUAUGAACUACCAUUUUUCUUCCUCAUUUGUAAAAUGAGGAAAGUGAGGCUUACAGAAGUUAAUUUGCCCAAGGGCCUACAACUAAUAAGUGCAGAGGUGGGAAACACAUUCAGAUUUGUUUGACACAGACUUAUGCCAAAUUUUCUCUAAAGCUUUCAAAAGGCAAAGGAUGUUAUUUUAUCCCAUAUGUAGCAUAUUAACAAUGAUAACAUUGGGUAUAUAGGAAAAUGCUUAAAAGUCUUUUUAAAAAAUGAUUAGAUAUCCGAAUUUUGGACAAAGUUUGGAUGAGACACAAUUGGCCUAUUCAUGUAUAUAACUUGACAUAAAAGAUGGCUCUUCAAGGAAUGGCUGAAAAAAGUCAAGUUUUUAAAAAGGUACAAAAAAAUGGUACUCUCAUCUUGUUUGUGGUGAUAAUAAACACCAGUAUUAGUAAUUACUCUUAAUGUAACUUGGCUUUUUUUUCAAUAAUUAAUAUAUUUUCUUACCUUUCUUACAAUGUUUACAUGUAUGACUUACCUUUUAGAAUCCCAGGGAUUAUGCAGGGCUAAUUUCCGGUCCCUGUGUUUCUUUAGAGUCUCUAUCCUAUAGAAAGAAUAGUUUAUUUCAGGCCAAGGAUAGAUAAUAGAAAGAUAAGACCAACUGGCUUUUCCUAAUCAUUUUAUUAUAAAAAUUUUCAAACAUACAGCAAAAUUGAGGGAAUUUUACAGUAAAUACCCAAAUACCAACCACAUGGAUUCUACAUUUUAUUCUACAUGUUUUAUUACUUAUCCAUCCAUGUUAUUUUUAUGAUGCUUUUCAAAAUAAAUUGCAGACAUCAGUAUAUAUCCCCCUAAUACUUCAAAAGGCAUAUCAUUAAGUAGGGUUUAGUAUGGUUUCAUUUUUUUUUAAUUUUUAAGGUACAUUCACAUGCAGUGUAAUGCACAAAUGUUAAGUAUAAAUUUGCUGAUUUUUCCCAAAUCCAUACACCUGUGUAACCCAAACCCUUUUCAAAAUUUAGAACAUUGCAGUCAUGCCAGAAAGUUUCCUCAUGCCCCUUCCCAGUCAUUCCCUACCCCAACUCUCAGAUGUAAUUACUGUUCUGAUUAUUUUGCCUCACAGAUUAAAUUUUUCUAUUCUAAAACUUCAUAUAAAUGAAAUCAUGCAAAGCAUAAUGCCUCUUUCACUCAGCAUGUUUUUGAGAUUAAUUCAUGUUGCCUGUAUCGGUGGUUCAUUCCUUUUUAUUGCUGAGUAUUCUCUUGUAUGAAUAUGUCAGUUUGUUUUUUUCCAUUUUCCUGUUGAUGGACACCUGGGCUAUUUCCACUUUUCUUUUUUUU